AUGAAAGAAAAAAAAAAAAAAAAAGAAAAAGAAAUGAAGUUAUUAUUUUUAGUUAUUCUCUCAUUAAUUUCAUAUGCAAGUGCAAAUUUAUAUGGUGUUUGGCAAACUGGUAACACAGCCAACUUUGGUCAAAUCUCAACCACUGCUGGUCAAGCCACUUACUCAUUAUUAUUCCCAAAUUUCACAAAUUCACUUCCAGGUAAUAGCGCAAUGAAUGAUUUAACUUCAAUCUUUACUUUCCAACUUUCAAAUAAUGGUAUUAAUUAUUUAGUUACAAUUAAUGUUGCAAAAAAUAAAGUUAAUUAUUUCGUACCAUUACCAACAACUGAAUUAGUUUAUGGUUUAAGAUAUGAUAGUGAUGUUAAUUCAUUAAAAUGUGUAAUUUCAGAAGGUAACAAUACAUGGUUAGUUGGUGAAAUUGAUCCAGCUUCAGGUUCAUAUGAUGUUUAUGGAUCAGUUGAAGGUGCAUUUUUAGGUGUUGGUCUUUCAACUUGGAAUCAUACUUAUUAUGUUGUCACUGCAACUGUCAACGAUGUCACUGUCACCACUUUUGAUACUCGUUCAGGUGAAAACCUUGGUUCCGUCAAUUUAGUAUUACCAACUGGUGUCACCUCUGGUCCAUACGAUUUACUUUAUGUACCAUCAUUGGAUGUUUUAGUUGGUACUGUAAUCAUCACCGAUUCAAACGGUAACUCUGGUCAAGAUUAUGCUUUAAUCGAUCCAGAAACUGGUGCUGUCAAACCAUUAGGUAUUUUCACUGCAGCUCAACAAGUUAAUGUUGUUUCACAUGCUGCUCAUCAAACUACUCUCUACGCAGCUGUCAACUUUAACGCUGUCUUAAAUUUCGUUUCACUCGAUAUCCAAAAUGCUAAAAUUAUCUCUCAAACUGCUGAAAGUACUUUUGUUGUUUCAAUGGGUUAUUUCAAUAAUUACUAA